GGCUGCGGCGAGGCGGAGAAGGGCGGGGGGCGGGGGGAGUGGGUAAGCCGGUUCGUCCCACGCGCGCAUGCGCAUAAGCUUCUGUGCGCAUUUUUCCCCAGACGGAAGAGAACGUUGCGUCAAAAAAGCGUUCCCGGCGCUGAGCGCGAUUCGGAGCCGCGCACGCGCAACCUGCCCGACUGAAGCCCAAUGAAGGAGGAAAUUCCAUCUGCAGAGCUUAGCUCCCAUUGGAGCGGAGAAAGAUCAGGGGGUGGAGCGCAUUGUCCAGCGCCUGCGUCUUGCGGUCGAGCGCGCUAGCGGUCGGCGGCGUUGCUGGCGGGAGUGACUGCAACGCCGAUGUCUGAGGAGCGAUGCCGAGAGAAAUCAUCACCCUACAGUUGGGCCAGUGCGGCAAUCAGAUUGGGUUCGAGUUCUGGAAACAGCUGUGUGCUGAGCAUGGCAUCAGCCCCGAGGGCAUCGUAGAGGAGUUCGCCACCGAAGGCACUGACCGCAAGGACGUCUUUUUCUACCAGGCAGAUGAUGAACAUUACAUCCCUCGGGCUGUGCUGCUGGACCUGGAGCCCCGGGUGAUCCAUUCCAUCCUCAACUCCUCCUAUGCCAAGCUCUACAACCCAGAGAACAUCUACCUGUCUGAGCAUGGAGGAGGAGCUGGCAACAACUGGGCCAGCGGAUUCUCCCAGGGAGAAAAAAUCCACGAGGACAUUUUUGACAUCAUAGACCGGGAGGCAGAUGGCAGUGACAGCCUAGAGGGAUUUGUACUGUGUCACUCGAUUGCUGGGGGGACAGGCUCUGGCUUGGGCUCCUACCUCUUGGAACGGCUAAAUGACCGGUACCCCAAAAAACUAGUGCAGACAUACUCCGUGUUCCCCAACCAGGACGAGAUGAGUGACGUGGUGGUCCAGCCCUACAACUCCCUCCUCACGUUAAAGAGGCUGACCCAGAAUGCCGACUGUGUGGUGGUGCUGGACAACACGGCCCUGAACCUGAUCGCCACAGACCGCCUGCACAUCCAAAACCCAUCUUUCUCCCAGAUCAACCAGCUGGUGUCCACCAUCAUGUCAGCCAGCACCACCACCCUGCGCUACCCUGGAUACAUGAACAAUGACCUCAUCGGCCUCAUCGCCUCGCUCAUUCCCACCCCUCGGCUGCACUUCCUCAUGACUGGCUAUACCCCCCUCACCACGGACCAGUCAGUGGCCAGUGUGAGGAAGACAACGGUCCUGGAUGUCAUGAGGCGCCUGCUACAGCCCAAGAAUGUGAUGGUGUCCACAGGCCGGGAUCGUCAGACCAACCACUGCUACAUCGCCAUCCUCAACAUCAUCCAGGGAGAGGUGGACCCCACCCAGGUCCACAAGAGCCUGCAGAGGAUCCGGGAAAGGAAAUUGGCCAACUUCAUCCCCUGGGGCCCAGCCAGCAUCCAGGUGGCUCUGUCAAGGAAGUCUCCCUACCUGCCCUCAGCCCACCGGGUCAGCGGGCUCAUGAUGGCCAACCACACCAGUAUCUCUUCGCUUUUUGAACGGACCUGUCGCCAGUUUGACAAGCUGCGGAAACGGGAGGCCUUCAUGGAGCAGUUCCGAAAGGAGGACAUCUUCAAGGAUAAUUUUGACGAGAUGGACACCUCCAGGGAGAUUGUACAGCAGCUGAUUGACGAGUACCAUGCGGCCACGAGGCCAGACUACAUCUCCUGGGGCACCCAGGAGCAAUGAGUCGCCCAGGACAGGGACCCUCAUCUGCCUUACCGGUUAGCCCAGGCCCUGCCUGCCUGACCACCCCUCAGAGCACAGAUCAGGGACCUCACAAAUCACUCACAUACACAUGCACUGUCUGUUGGCUUGAGGGUGGGUUUACUUCUCUGAGAGUAUUUAUCUUUAAUAAAGCACUGGAUGUAAGUCAAGUCA